AUUUAACAAUAUAUAAAAGGUUAAAUUAGCUGGAAAGAAAUCGCAGCAUUGAUUAAUUCUCAAAUUUACUGCCAGUGAGAGGAAAACACAUAAUUAGAAGACAGAAAGAGGAAGAGAUAUCUUCUGCAGAAAAGAACACCAACAAAACAGGUAAAAAAUGACCAGCAGCGAACCGAAGAUAGCGCCUGAAGUCAUUUUAAAUCUGAAAGACCGACUCAAGCAUGGUCAAAAUGUUACGAAGAUCUUAGAAAGCCAACUUGAUACUGCCCAACAGAAUAUUAGCUUGCUCCAGGGACAAGUUCGACUCGCGAACGAGACUAUACUAAACCUGAAGAAACACUUUCAAGAGACAGAAAAAAUAUUGUCUCACUUGAUGUCGCCCAAUCAGCAACCAUCUCAGAGCUCCUUUGAAAUGGAAACGAAAGACUCGGACACAGAAUCUUCCCAAAAACAUGUUGACAGCACAACGAGAUCGCCAUUGCCAGAAGCAGCAGUCACCACCAGCAGAUCAUUUGACGAACGAAAUGAAAAAUCACCUUAUGCUAUACAACUCAAGCAAGUCCUUGAUGUGUUAGACGAAGAACCGAAAAGACCGGUACUGGUUCACCAUCCGGAAUCAGCGAAGGAUUGCAACUGCUCGGAUUGUCAGACAACUCGUAAACAAUACGUGGAGUGUGACUACGAGAGCAGCUCCUGUUCGAGCGAACACUAUCGCAGAAAAAGCGACGAGUCGUGUAAAGUGAAACCGAAAAGUAGCGGGCACAUUCACCACAAUACAUCUCCAAAAGCUUAUUCGAGAAGUGAAUCACACAGCAGUCACUCACUUUCUUAUUCUCAGUGCUCUGGUCCCUGCUGCGCCAAUAGUGAUCGGUACAAGAUGAUGGAAAAGCCUUCGACGCCUGUUCAUUACGUGAGUAUGCGUUCGUCAUCGGGAAAGCACGGAGAACGUCAUCACCAUGGUCACUGCAGCGAUAAAUGUCAAUGCCACUCGUACGUCAAUUAUGUACCGUAUGGUUAUCGCGUUGUUGAAGGCAGGUCAGGAAUGCCAGACUCCAUGCCGCCGAUGUCGCCGUCCACUCGUCGAAAACGAUCAUACGCGCCUGUUCUACCUGGAGAGGAGCCACCACAUUUAAAAUACACGAAAGUGAAGCGCAUUGAUGGUAGCAAGCUAACUGCACAAAAAGUAUUACAAGAUUUUACUAAACGACGUUUUCUGCCUUACAAUCCAAAGUACGACCUAGAUCUGCUUAUCGUCCCACCACCUUUGCCCGCCAUGGAUCUUAUACAGAGCGUCAACGCCCAUUCAGAUAUUUCUAAAAGUAAUUCGGAGACACAUUUGUCGUUGUUGCCAUCUUUGUACAAGAACUGUCACGAAGAAAACACGAUUGAAAAUUUGAAUGGUAUCGAAAAGAGCAAAGAAAUUUUUCAAAAUGGCAGCAACAGCGGUAGCAAAAUCCUAUGUAACGACAACAACAACAACAACAACAACAAUGAAACAAACAAUUUUUACGCUCAUCCUUUUAAAACAGCAAGUCUUCCGAAAACACUAUCGACUAUAAAAGAGGAACGAAACAACGGGCGCAGUAAACUCGAGGAUCAUAUCAGCAAACUUCGAAACGAUUCGACGCGAUCGCCUCACGGUAACAACCGAUCGCCCCACGCAAAUAACUACUACAACGAGCAGGAUUAUCACGUUUCAACGUUGAAUUUGAAACAAGAAAGAACGGUUUCGCCCGCAGGUGGGAAGUAGGAUGGAUGACAAGAAAGAGCAUGGUGUGACGAUAUAAAUUCGUGUGUGUAUAUUAUAAUAUAUAGAAUUUAGAUAAUUUUUUAGUCGGAUAGUUAGAUAGGCCUAAUUUACACGACGAGAUCAGUACGAAACUCGCAAAUUGUGUGCUAAUAUCCGUCCUGUAAAUUUAGACCUUUAUUUAAUCAUAUAUAUAUAUUUUUAAUUUUAAUUGGACAAGAAGUGACAUUUUUGAGAAGUUUGAAUUUUGAUCUUCAAGAGUUACCCGGACAUAAAAAUAAACUUUCAUGAUGUUAGCUUACUUCAAGAAGCUUGCACACCCCGCCUUCUUCUUAUAUCUUUGAAAUAAAGAGCAUAUAUCAGCGAAGCUUGUGUUUAUAGUUGCUGUACAUCAAGUGACCUGUACGUAAAGUUUAGCUGUGGUGUAAUAAUGGAAACUGUUGUUUUUUCUAAAAAAAAACUUUGUUAUUUUGUACAUAGUAUGAUAAUGAUUGUUAGUACUGUACGUAGCUGUAAAUUUGCAGAUUCUAGGUUUUUAUAUUUUUAUCAUAGAAAUAUCUUGUCCCCAGACUAAUCAAUCUUUUCACAGCCGUAUAGAUUAAAAGUCUGGGUUCGAGACUGUAAUUAGGUAAUAAAUUAAUUCAAGAAUACUUUUUUGCGUUGGUUUUUAGAUAUGCUAGUUCUAUGUCUCGCUUACUCAAGAGUCUAAACAAGAAGAUACCUUAGGGAUAUCAUGGAUACACCUGGUAAACAGGAUUAUUUAAAACUUUUUGUUACUGUUAGAGUUUGUAGUUUUUCUCCAUUAUAAUGCUCUGUCAAGGCAAUAAAACUUCAUUUAAGAAAGCACGAAAGUCAAAAAAUUCAACUCGUUAUAUUUUUAUGUAGAUUUAUAGUAAUAAGUGAGACAAAUAAGUGAGACAAUCACUAUAAGUUUUUGUUGUGUUGUUUUGUCAUAGAUUAUACUAUCAUGUGCUAGGCGCAUUUAUAUUUCA